AUGCCUUCACAUCGAGUUCGACAGAUAGCCGUUCCGGCCGAAUGGUCGGGAAGUGGCACCGGACGUGUCAUCAGACGAGGCACUGGACGUCUCUUCCCCAGCAAAUUUAGCCCGCCUUCAACGACUUCUACUCCCGAAGCAUUGUUCCCAGCCGGCAUUAGCUAUGAAGCCAUCCCGCCCGUCACUCGAUUUAUCCGUCGCGACGAUCCGCAACAACUAUUGAUCUAUGCCGAUGGUGCCUGUCUCAACAACGGACAACCCAACCCGAGAGCGGGAUGGGCAUUCGUCUUCAAGCCCGAAUCCGACCAGUCCACCGGCAUUGCGUCGGGGCGCCUUGAGCAGAAAGGACCAUUUGGCGACGAAUCCACCCAGACCAGUAACCGAGCUGAGCUUCGAGCUGUCCUUGCGGCACUCCGCUUUCGGUACUGGCGAGGCGAGGGCUUCACGACGUUGGUACUCGCCACUGACUCGGAAUAUGUCGCCCAAGGCGCCACGGCGUGGGUUCGAAGCUGGGUACGCAAUGGGUGGACGACGAGCACCGGUGCCGAAGUCAAGAACAAGGAUUUGUGGGAGAUGCUUCUCGGAGAGAUUGAGUCGUGGGACGAGAGGGGUUUGAAGAUUCAAUUCUGGAGAAUCCCUCGAACGCUGAAUGUCAUGGCGGAUGACGCCGCCAAGCAAGCUGCUACGAGGGUGGAAGCCCCGGAUCGACACUACGACAUUAGUGGCAUCCUGACAUGA